AUAAUCUUUAUAGGCAGCCAGAGCCUUAUAAAGGGAGAUGCAAUAUGCGGUUAAAAUUCUCAUUUUAAAUGUCACAUGUGAAUAGAUUAAAGUUCAAUUAUUAGACAAUCAAAAUUAGAAUAAAAAAUAAAAAUUAAAGUUCCCAUCACGGUCAAUAGGAUUUCUUUUUUUUUUGGACACAGUCAAAUCAAAAUUUGGAGGUGGAAAAAAUAUAUAAUGUCUGAGAAUUAAAGACAAUAAAAACAAGGCUGAAAUCUUUUAUCAUGGACAGGCAGGUUAGGUCUGAAGGAAAGUAAAGGGUUAAUUACUCUCACUGCACUGGACUCCCUUGGAUUUUUAGACUUCUCAUUCAGUCGGCAAACAGUUGCACCAGGUUCAGUCAUUCAUAUUUUUCAUCCUGGCCACGGCUCACAAUUAGGCUGUAAUGAAACCCAAGGUGCCGCUGGUACUCUGGGUAGGAACCUUCCUGCUGUUGGCAGCCUCAGAACCAGCAGGAGACAAGGCGACAGAGGAGCCCGUUCCAUGCUCCAGGAGCUGCACCUGCCUGCACGAUGACUACACUCUGGAGCUCAACAUGUACUGCAGUACUCGCAACUUCACCCAAAUACCGACUGACAUGCCGACAUCUACUCAUUCUCUCUGGCUGGAUGGGAAUUUGUUCACUUCUCUCCCAGCAAUGUCUUUCAAGGAUCUCACCAACCUGAACUUUCUGAAUCUGCAAAGCGGUAGCCUCACAACGAUUGACCCGCAAGCUUUCAGAGGACUUCGGUCCCUAGCACACAUCCACCUGGAACGAAAUUCCCUCCGUGCCUUACCGGGUGCCCUCUUUCAGAACACGCCUAACCUUGCCUCACUCAGUCUACAUAACAACCACAUUGCAAGAAUCGAGGAGCGGUUGUUCGUGGGACUCUCACACAUGUGGCUACUCAACCUUGGUUGGAAUCUGAUAGCAGUCCUGCCCGAGACUGCGUUCCACGACCUACACGGACUACGUGAGCUUGUCCUCGCCGGAAACAGACUAGCUUACCUGCAGCCUCAACUUUUCCAAAAUCUUGUUGAGCUCAAAGAGCUGGAUCUAACAGCAAAUUCCCUAAAGGUAAUCAAAGCCAAUGUUUUCGUUAAACUUACCAAACUGCAAAAGCUCUACCUGGCCCAGAAUCAUAUUGUGACUGUGGUACCUAGAGCCUUUGCAGGCAUGAAGUCACUCAGAUGGUUGGACCUCACCAAUAACAGACUGGCGUCCCUGCACGACGACACAUUCGUUGGUCUGCUCAAUCUUCACGUACUGCGCCUCUCGAACAACUCCAUCAAUGGGAUCAAGCCCAGGACCUUCCGAGAUCUGCAGUAUCUGGAGGAACUACGGCUCAGUUAUAACCGGAUCAGAGCCUUGGGGGACAGGAUCUUUGAAGGACUCGGUCAUCUGGAGGUUCUAGAGUUGGAACACAAUCUAGUGCAGGAGGCACAGGUUGGCAGUUUCACUGGACUCUCUCAUGUGGCCGUUAUCAACCUUUCCGGAAGCUGCUUUCUAAGUCUGCCAGAUCAGGUCUUCAAAGGUCUCUCGAAGCUUCACAGCCUUCAUCUUGACAGAGGGUGUCUGACGAGGAUCACGGCCCAAUCGUUCGACGGGCUUUCUGCUCUGAGGAGACUUUUCUUGCAGCACAACAACAUCUCUGUGGUGGAACAUCAAAGCUUUUUGCACUUAGCAGGCCUGUCAGGACUGGACCUGAGCUUCAACAGGUUGGAGGUCCUGACAACAAACAUGUUCUUCGGCCUGAAGAACUUGGAGUACUUGCUUUUGUCCAACAAUGAAUGUCAACAGUUUUUGCAGAAUGGCACAAAACUGCUCCUUCCGAGGUUGCGCUACCUUGACCUGAGGGCUAAUGUCUUGACCAACAUGCUGCCUGAUUUUCCGCAGCAUAUGGAGAAACUUUUGCUGACUGGGAACCAUUGGAAAUGUGACUGUAGCAGCCUCCCGCUCAGAAACUACAGCUUAACGAAUCCAUCGGUGGUGCCCCGACAGGUGAAGACGCACGCAGAGGGUGAAGAGCCGGACACCACCAUCACCAUACACAACAAUAUUACUUGCAGCAGCCCACUACAUCUAGCUGGUCAGGACCUCCGGGAUAUUGAUGAGGAAUUCUACCAAAGCUGCACUUGAUCAUGUUUAGAGAAAUCGUUGAUUCAUCGAAUUAAUUUAAUUCCUGAUGAAACCAUGUAGAUAGAGUUAGAUUCAGCAAAAAAAAAAAAAAAAAAAAAGUUUAAAUUAUCAAUUUAUCAAUAUAUUGUGUAUUAAAAUUCACAUUUCCAUUGUGGGAAAAAGUAAUUGCAUAUAACAUGUUUUUCCAUAGACAUUAAAUGGAUUUUUAAA